AUGAAGCUUCAUCACCAAUAUGAGCCGAUUUACUUCCGUUACGAUUCUGUGACCGGGCACACGCUGUACAUUCUACCAAAGUCCAAACGCGAUUUACGCGAUCUGAUUCACGAGCUUGGAGAGAGAUUCCGUGGAGUAUCUUCGGAAUUUUUACCUAAUGAACAGCUCGAUAUUUGCAAUCACAAUGAGCCUUUGCAUCCUCUAAGCCUUCACUCAGUGGUCAUUUUUUAUGUCCUUUUAUCCCGAAACACCGAGCUGAACAAUCUGAUUAAAUGGCUACUUUGGAUCGAAACACAACUACACCAAGGAUCAAUUUUCGAAGUGACAGGCUCGGAUCGCUUCUCGAGGUACAUCCAGUUGCUACAUAAGAUGUCGCGAAAGUUGAUCACCUUGGAACACAAUAACCAACGAGACGCUUCGAACAUUGGCCAUCUUCUCCGGGACCACAAGCGCCUCGGAAAAUUGGCCGAGAUGCAGGGUUCGUAUCUCGAUCCCACAACGCAUCAGAGGGUUUGUGACGACCUACUUAUGCUACACGACUUAUGCGAUGACCGUCAUCGCCGAAUCCUGAAUUUGCAACAAAGAACCAGCAAUUUUGUGACCCUCUUAUACCACCUCAUCACUGGGCAUGACAGCACAAUCAAUCUACAGAUAGCGACGGAAAGUGCGAAAAUUGCCCGAGAUGCACGCAAAGACAGCGCGUCGAUGAAAAUCAUUGCGGGCAUGACACUGCUCUAUCUCCCGGCCACUUUUGUGUGCAGUCUUUUCGGGACCAACCUGGUUGCGAUGGAUACAUCGACUAAGAGUAAUGACUCUGUUUUUAUUGUGUCCCCUCUCUGGUGGACUUAUUUUGCAUUUGCGGUGCCCCUGACCGUUUUUACUAUGGUCGGGUUUCUGCUGUGGCGACGCUUUCAUGAAAAGGAUCCAGGGAACAGGGCGAAUGGACUAAGCGUUUUAUAA